AACCAAUGAUCACCUGAUUCUCCAGAGAAAAGAUUACACACUUUCUUUAUAGCUAAGGUGACCAGAUGAAAGAAGAAAAUGAAAGGCAUGAAGAAAAGUCCUACAGAAGAAUGUUUAUACCUGGACUUUUCUCACCGAACAGAAGGAUGCAUCUUUCCUCUUCAUACAUCUGUGACUUUAUUUUUGUUAUCGUACUGUGACUGCAAAAUCUUUAAAGUUUGCUUAGUUCUCACCCAUGAAAGUACAGACAGUUCAUUACUAAAAGAUGUACUGUCCCAGGAUCUUAAAAUACAGAUUAUUUCAAGGCAAGAGCUUCCACCAAUAGUCCAGAAUUGCUGUUUACCUGCAGCAGUAGAACAACCAGACAACUUUUGUAGAGCGGGACUUGCUGUUGUACUAAGACAUAUAAUCCAGAAGUCAUACGAUGCAGACCCUUCAAAGAAGGAAAUUUUGGAACUUCUUGGUUUUAAAAAGACUUGCCUAAAAGCCUGUGCUGAAGUUAGUCAGUGGACCAGGUUAUGUGAACUCACCAUCCCUUUGGUUAUUGAGAAUUUUCUCAGAGUGUCUUCUCAGCAGCCCCUGGUUAUCCCUAUAGAAAUACUACAGCUGGAGAAAAAGUUCAGUGAGCCUGUUAGAGUCCAUAAUGAUGAUAAACUCCGUAGGCAGAAGCUGAAGCAAGAGAAGGCCACUAAAGUUGGGCUUCCCCUUCCUAAGCAAAAAACAAAGACCAAGGUCAAUACCCAGGAAACAUCUGAAGACUUCGACUCUUCGUUCAAGAGUCUGGAACUGAAAGUGGCCUUCUCAAAGCUCACAGUGCAGGAAGAAGCAACUACUACCAACAGGGAACCAGCUCACAUCAGAAAAGCAAAAGCCUCUGACCUUCCACCCCUGGAACACGUGUUUGCAGAAGGGCUUUACUUCACUUUAGCAGAUAUUGUGCUCUUGCCCUGCAUCCAUCAUUUCUUGGUAAUUAUCUGCCAGAAAUUUUCUGAGAAGCUACUAGAAUUUCCACUGCUAACCGCUUGGUACCAGCGGAUUCAGGAAGUGCCAGGAAUAAAAACAGCAGCUUCUAAGUGUGGGAUCCAAUUUCUUCAUUUACCAGAGUUGUUGACCUCCUCAAAUGAACAGCACCCAAACUUAAGUGAAGUCCCAGACAUAGAAGAGCAAAAUGAUCCUUUAUUUGUAGGAGGACCAAGACCUACUAUGACCAAGCUAAUGGAAAAAGGCAUUGAAGUGAUGUUUUCUCCCCACCCUUGUCCUACUUGGACCCUUGAUUGGAAUGGUCUCCCUGCAGCAGUGAGCCCAAAGGAAGGUAAAAUGUCCAUUGAUCGAGCUUUGAGGAAGCAGCAGCAGUUAAACAACCUUGUUUAUGUGGUGAAAAAUCAGGCCAAACCUGGCGACAGAAUUGUGGAUUUCUGCAGCGGUGGGGGCCAUGUUGGAAUUGUCCUUGCUCACAUGCUGCCAUCAUGCCAGGUUACAUUAAUAGAAAACAAGGAAUUAUCUUUAAUUCGUGCUAAGAAGAGAAGCGACGAGCUAGGUUUAAACAACAUUUGGUUCAUUCAAGCAAAUAUGGAAUAUUUUACAGGCAUGUUUAAUAUCGGGGUGGCGCUGCACGCUUGUGGAGUGGCAACAGACAUGGUGAUUGACCACUGCAUCAAAAUGCGGGCUUCUUUCGUUGCAUGCCCUUGCUGUUACGGUUUCAUUCAAAACACCUCAAAAUUUAGUUUUCCAAAAAGUAAACAGUUCAAGAAAACUUUAUCAUACAAGGAACACAUGAUUCUGUGCAGAUUUGCAGAUCAGACAGCUGUCCAGCUUCCUCCCCAGCGAAGGCUCAUAGGAAAGCAGUGCAUGUACCUGGUGGAUCUGGAUCGAGCAAAAGCUGCAGAAGAAUGUGGCUACUCCGUACAAGUGAUAUCCAUGGAGCCAGAGAGCUGCUCUCCCAAAAAUAACAUGAUCGUGGGAGUCCCCAUUUAGAGUGGAUAUUCUCAUUUGAUGUUUUGCCAUCAGUCUUUAAGUUGAAAGCCCGUGGCCUUCAGGGGAUUCUUGGCAUAACUAGGAAACAAUAUUAGCUACCUUGAACCUAUUAUGCUCAGGAAGGGAAGCAAGAGGAAAAUCUGCAAAGAAAGGCUCCCUGCACAGCUUCACAAA